UCACCUUCCCGACGGCGACCGGGCCGCCAUAUCCUCCUCUCCAACUCCCUCUUCUCUAUCUCCUCUCUCUCGCUCUCUACCCUCACCAACUCCUACCUCCCGAGACGAAUUCCUAGGCGGACAAAAGAACAGGGAAGGAGCCAUCGGGAAUUGCCUCGUGAGGUGAUCCGGCACGCGCACGCUUCCCUGGGCUGGGAUUCUACUCCCAAUCCCCUCCGCGCCGGCCGGGCGCGCCGCCACCCGGAUCAGGCGUCCUCGCGCCAUCUUUCUCCAUCUCUCGUCCUUCCGUCGUCGUCCCCCCUGGGCGGCCGCGGAAUAAAGAUCCGCCGGCGCUUGGGAUUGUUUGCUUCUCCUUUUGUCGCUGGACUACGGUGCUGUACAUGCUUACGCUGGUGUUGAGCUCCUGCAAUGGCCCGAAGGAAUGCUGGCGCAAUGCAGCGGGAGGGGUCGGCCGGGUCGGUUAAGGACUGGUCGGAAUUCGACCCCUCGCCGUCCCCCAAGCUGGCGUACUCGCAGUCCUACGUCGCGAUGAGGGGGCUGUUGACGUCGGUGGCCUCUAUGGACCCUGUCCUGAUGUCGAGCGGCCUCAAGUCUUUAUGGGCAGCUUUGUCGUCGCACAGGCACGCUCGGUCCUUGGAGAGGCCAAAGUCCAAGGGGGCGAACUGGAAGAGGCCCAUGGUCCAUCUGCUUGUGUGUUUCUUGGUGGGAAUUCUCAUCGGAUUCACACCACUGUUCUCUGUUGAUUUAUCGAAUAAGAUAGACUCUGAAAAUGAGAUGCUUCCGUUCGACGGAGAUGUGGUUGACAGACAAAUGCUGGAACUUAAGAGUACAAAGUUGGAGUCGUUUGCAGCAGAGACUGAAGCAGUCGAAGAACAACAGGUUGAUGAGAGUCCUCCAGUGCCUGCAAUGUUGGAUGAUGAGGUGGACUAUAUUGAAGCCUCUCAUGUCGUACCUUCUGUUAGUGACUCUGAUUUUGUUGUGAGGAAGCAGCUGAUAAUUGUGACAACAACUUCUGUUCGGCCACAUCAGGCAUAUUAUUUGAAUCGUCUGGCACAUGUGUUAAAAAAUGUGCCACCUCCUCUUCUGUGGAUUGUGGCAGAGUGGCCAUACCAGUCCCGUGAAACAGCGGAGAUCCUGAGGUCUUCUGGGGUUAUGUACAGACAUCUCAUCUGCACCCGGAACACCACAAACAUAAGGAAGAUUAUUGUUUGUCAAAAGAACAAUGCAAUUUUUCAUAUAAAGAAGCAUCGUUUAGAUGGUAUAGUCCAUUUUGCUGAUGAGGAGCGAGCAUACUCAGUUGAUUUAUUUGAAGAGAUGCGGAAAAUCAGGCGCUUUGGUACGUGGCCAGUAGCAAUACAUGUUGGGGCCAGGUAUAGGGUUGUUUUAGAAGGGCCCCUUUGUAGGGGUAAUCAAGUCACUGGAUGGCAUACAAAUCAGAGAAGGGGUGUACCUCGUCGGUUUCCAAUUGGUUUCUCUGGGUUUGCUUUCAACAGCACUAUACUUUGGGAUCCCCAGAGAUGGAACAGUCCCACUCUAGAGUCUAUUAUACUCCACUCAGGUGGCAGAGGUGGCUUGCAGGAGUCUCGAUUCAUCGAGAAGCUCGUUGAGGACGAGACUCAAAUGGAAGGCCUCGCGGACAACUGCAGUCGGGUCAUGGUCUGGAAUUUCGACUUGGAACCUCCCCAGCUCAACUACCCUACUGGCUGGCUGCUGAAGAAGCACCUAGACGUCGUCGUGCCUAUAACCUAACCACAUUGCUGCUGCCCUUUUUGUUUGCGCCUCCUAGUGUGGAAUGGUGAUGAUGCCUUCCUGAACUUGGUAGCGUCCAGGAUCAUGCGAAGCUGCUCUGCCAAGACCCUGGUUCGAAUAAUGUGAUACUAGUUACAACAGUUGAAAGCAAAGAAGCCUACCUGACAAAAGGAAAAAUUCUUUCUCCCCCGCUGCGCUGCAUUCUUUUCUGUGCUCAUUCUUUCUUACCCCCCAUGCUCCUCAAGCUAGAUAUAGGCUUGUACAUUUCCUUCCUUUUCUUUUCUCUUCUGUUCUAUUCGUUACAUACAUACAUGCAUACAUAUAUUCAUUCAUACAAUGCAUACAUCGAUACAUAUUACCUUACAGAUGUAAAAGAAAGCAAUUUCAUUUCCUGACCCUGACGAUGUGGCAUCUUGCCUUUUGCAAGGGUGGUUCGAUUCGUUGUUAGGAAACCAUUCACAUAUUGGUGGAACCAUUCACAUAUCGAUGUGCAUAUACUAUCA